CGCUCUUUCACCUUUGGUCUUGUUGACUCUUUCGUUCCUUAGAUAGGGGUUCUGCGAACUUUGCACUCGUUUUAACAUUCUAAACACUCUUUUGUAUUUUUUUCCGGGGCUCCCCUUUGACAGGUCAGCCCAUCUCUUUGCAUAUACAACAAGCCGUCUCACAGCCACAGAUCACUAUCACCACCCGACAACAACAGACAAGAUGAAGUACAACGCCAGCCUUCUGGCCCUGGCCGUCGCCACCGUCGCCUCCGCUCGCGAGCUUUCCUAUCAGAGCUUCACCAAGCGCGAAGUACCCCAAGAGCACUCGUACGAUGCUAUCCUGCGCGGCACCAACGCCGCCCUCAAGCUGAACAACCCCCUCAACAUCCAGGACGCUGUUUUCGGCCUGCUCGACAACGCUGCCGCCGCCAAGGGUGCCGGCCAGGUCACCAACCUGGACUGCCUGCAGCAGAUCGUGGCCGACCAGGCCUUUACCAAUGCUAAGGCCGCCGGUGACCUCGACGGCCAGGUCAAUGCUGUGCUGUUCCGCGCCCUCGAGCGCGAGACGAGCCAAGUCGGCCAGGCUAGCGCCAUCUGCGACGAGACGGCGAAGAACCCGGAGAUUGCGGUCGUUCAUCAGCAUCAGGAUCCGGCCAGUGCGGAGGGCCAAGCGAAGAACAAGGACAUUGAGUUGGUGGUUGCGAAGGUUCUGAAGGGAUUGGGCGCGGAUCCGUUGUUGGCGCUUGACAGUGCUACUUCCGUUCCUGGAGAUCUCCUCGAUGCUACUGCUUCGAACCUUCUGUCUCCUGCUGUUACCAAGGAGGAAAUCCUGGCUGCCUUUGAUGUAGAUGAGGAUGGCCUUCUUCGCCGAGCUGAAGAUGAUACCUGCGAGGAUGACGGUACUCCCGACGACGCCGGCAGCGAUGCUGGGGAUGACGACACUUGCGAGGACGAUGGUACUCCUGAUAACACCGGCGACGAUGCUGGGGAUGACGACACCUGCGAGGACGAUGGUACUCCCGAUGACGGCGGCGACGAUGCCGGCGACGACGAUACCUGCGAGGACGACGGUGCCGACGAUGACAACACUGGCGCCCCCGUAAGCCCUAAAGCUACGACCGGCAACGCUACCGGCAAUAACAACACUGGCGGCAACGUAAGUCCCAAGGCUACGACCGGCAACGCUACCGGUAAUACCAAUACUGGUGGCGCCGCAAGUCCUACCGCUGCGACCGGCAACGCUACCGGUAAUACCAAUACUGGUGGCGCCGCAAGUCCUACCGCUGCGACCGGCAACGCUACCGGUAAUACCAAUACUGGUGGCGCCGCAAGCCCUGCCGCUGCGACCGGCCACGAUGCUGGGGAUGACGACACCUGCGAGGACGAUGGUACUCCCGAUGAUGCCGGCGACGAUGCCGGCGAUGACGACACCUGCGAGGACGACGGUGCUGCCGAUGAUGCCGGUGAUGAUGCCGGCGAUGACGACACCUGCGAGGACGAUGGUGCUGCCGAUGAUGCCGGUGAUGAUGCCGGCGAUGAGGACACUUGCGAGGACGACGGUACCGAUGAUGAUAACACUGGCGGCGACAAGAAGACUGGGGGUAACACCAAGACUAUUGCCCGCCGCGAGGUCAGCAAGCUCGGCCGCAGGCAUGGUGGAUUGGACUUUGGCAGCUGUGGCACCCCCCAGAUUCAGUUCGCCAAGGGCUUGGAUGGUCGCGAGGAGGAGGAGAGCUUCCAGCCUGUUAACGGACAGGAUUUCAACCACGAGAGUGCCUUGAACAUCCAGGUCAUCAGCGAGUUUGUUUGCCAGAAGCUGCAGGAUGAGUGCAAUGCGAGCGCCGAGGCGGUGGCUGCUUGCUACCAGGCGAGCAACGCUGCCAGCACUGCUGAGGGCCAGCAGGCUGCGUUCUUGUUCAACGCCGCUCUUGGUGUCUAAAGUAUUUGGAAAGCUUUCGUCUAGAAAAUCAUCAAAGAGGGGAAGGAGGGGAGUUGUUGAGAUGUGUUUGUUCGUAGGCAAUUCUUCUAUUCUUGUAUGCACUUUUUAAAUUAAACUUAAGUUGGGCGGUAACCUGAAAGGCCUAAUCAUGGAUGCAAG